AUGGCUUCGCCUGGACUUGAAAGGCGCGAUGAUCAAAAUAUCUUCUCGGAAUUAGAUGAUCCAGAGCGACGGGCUAUAGUAACCGAGCUUCUGCGUGAUAUUCCUACUAUGAGACUAGUCUCUCGCCAUGGCUUCUGGAAAAUGUGGUUCCAUGAUGUUCCUCAGAUGAAAAAAGCUUUAUCCUACAUGAAGCCCCGCCUGCAGUGGGAUGUGGGUUGCCCGUGGAAAAAACGCGAAGAACUGGAGCAGGGACCUGAAUAUCCCACGACACAUAUUUCUUACACGCACUGCCAUGAGCAUGAUGCGCUUGGCCUUAGGGCUCCUAUUCAGGCCGAUAAGUGGUUCCUCCAAGCAAGCGAAUUAUCCAUCACUAGUAGCCAACGGAUAGCAAUGGAACGUGAUGAAAGCCAGUGCAUUUUAACCAAGAAUAACUCAAAUCCAGUCCUCCCGACACAUAUCUUUCCUUCCCGCUCGCAGCAGAUAAAAAGAGGGCAUAUAAACAAUCAAUACAAGUACAUAUGGCUGAGACUUGAGGAUGAGUUUGGGGGAAAACGAGUCCAGCGUUGGCGAAAUUCAAUUAUGGAUAGGAUAGUACUAUGCCAGAAGAUACUUGGAGACCUAGAGGAUAUUGACAAUGUGGAUUAUGCCGACCAGCCUGACAAUAUCAUAACCCUUGGUAAGGAAGUCUGGCGGUUUUGGAAGGACGACCUAUGUGUCUUCCGUCCAGUCUCUUUGAGUGAAGAUAAAAAGUCUAUGGAGCUUGCGUUCCACUGGCUGCCUUUACCAAAGGAGGGAACCCACCACUCUCAACUGGACCCUAUAAAACUUCGAUGUCAUCCUUAUCCCGAUAGGAGAAUGGGAUACGAUGAGGGGCCUGGGAAUGGCAUCCAUCUGUACCAUGCGGAAACAAAGCAGAUGAUCCGCUCUGGUUACAUUUUUACUAUCCACACAGAGAAUCCAGAAACUCAUCCGUUGCCAUCAAUGGAGUUGCUAGAUAUGCAGUGGAUGCUAAAGCGUUCAUCAAGGUUUCAAGGAGAUCUAGUCGAAUGGAGACAGUGGCCGGUCAAACAAGAGUAUUAUGAAAAAGUAUAUGAAAAGGUUAAGCCCUAUUGUUGGUUAUACCGUGGUAAAUUAUGGAGCUACCGUCAUUGUACCUGGAUGUACAAAGAGGACUUGGAGGUUGAAGAAGACGAUGAAGAAAACAAAGCCAACAAUUACCUUGCCAAAGAGCAUUACCUAUCUAAACAUCAAGAUGAGGACGGGGAUGAGGAUGAGGAUGACUAUGAGUGGUCACAUGAGAGAAACCCAUAUUUCGAAUUUACAUUCCACCAAAUGGAUGUUACUGAUGACGAGGAGGAUCUAGAUGACAACUCAGAAGAUGAGGAAGACAUGAAAUUUGAUAACUUCAAACAAGAGAAUGCCGAAAGAGCAGCUUUGUCUUAUCCGCACCAUUCUGUAUCCCGUCUAGCCGGCCAUGUCACACUACCCAGGAGGAAAUCCCUUUCAAAAAGAAAGAUACAGGAAAGGAAGGGAAGAUAUGCUCGCCAAAAAAUUGAAAAUGAAGUCCACGAAGCCGAAGAGACUGGCGGUAGCUAUAACCGUGGAUUCCAGCCCAGUGAGAAAAUGGAGCUACUUGAGAGGGAAGAUGGAAAACCACAACUGGAAGAAAAUGAUAUCGAUGAAGACAGGAGUAAAGGCUGUAAGGCUCAAGCCUUGUGUGGGGCGCUUCAAAUUUCGCUCUCCUUUCGCUCUUGA